CUUCUUCAAUUUGUCGAAUUCAGAUUCGCUCUUGUGCCAGUACUGUUCUUCUUCAUGACCUUCUUUUCUGGUGCAGCUGCAUAUGAUCCUUUAGAUCCCAAUGGAAACAUAACAAUCAAAUGGGAUAUAAUGUCUUGGACCCCAGAUGGUUAUGUGGCAACAGUGACAAUGAACAACUUCCAAAUGUACCGGCACAUAAUGAGCCCUGGGUGGAACUUGGGUUGGGUUUGGGCUAAGAAAGAAGUGAUAUGGUCGAUGGUGGGAGCACAAGCUACAGAACAAGGAGAUUGUUCCAAGUUCAAAGGGAACGUUCCACAUUGUUGCAAGAAGAAUCCCACAGUUGUUGACUUACUCCCUGGUGUCCCUUACAAUCAACAAUUUACCAAUUGCUGCAAAGGUGGAGUGGUGGCUGCUUGGGGUCAAGAUCCUUCCCAAUCAAUCUCAGCCUUCCAAGUCAGUGUUGGCCAAGCUGGUACCACAAACAAGACUGUCAAACUCCCCAAGAACUUCACUUUGCUCGGUCCAGGACCGGGCUACACUUGUGGUCCUGCAAAGGUUGUGCCACCCACCAUUUUCCUCACCCCUGACCGUCGCCGUAAAACACAGGCACUUAUGACAUGGAAUGUGACAUGUACUUAUUCACAAUUCUUAGCCCGGAAGACCCCAAGCUGUUGUGUAUCCUUCUCAUCCUUCUACAAUGAGACCAUCAUUCCAUGUCCCAAUUGUGCUUGUGGUUGCCAAAACAAGAACAACUGUGUCCAAAGUGAUUCAAACCUGCUUAGUAUGGUGGGGAACAACACUCCAACGAAGGACAACAACCCAUUACUGCAGUGCACACGCCAUAUGUGCCCUAUAAGAGUGCAUUGGCAUGUAAAGCUCAACUACAAGGAGUACUGGCGUGUGAAGAUUUCUGUCACCAAUUUUAACUACCGGAUGAACUACACACAGUGGACGUUAGUCGCACAGCAUCCAAAUCUCAAUAAUGUCACUCAAGUUUUCAGUUUUGACUACAAGCCUCUUGUCCCUUACCAAUCUAUAAAUGACACUGGAAUGUUUUACGGCAUGAAGUUCUAUAAUGACUUACUGAUGGAGGCUGGGCAACACGGAAACGUCCAGUCAGAAGUACUUCUUCAGAAGGACCUGAACACAUUCACCUUCAAGCAAGGAUGGGCAUUUCCCCGGAAAGUCUAUUUUAAUGGCGACGAAUGCAUGCUACCUCCACCUGAUACAUAUCCAUUCAUGCCAAAUUCUGCCCUUGGAAUUCCUCUUUCAAUCCCUACAUUGGUGGUUUCUCUGCUUUUCCUAUUGAUGACCGUCUUGUGAUAGAGAUUGUACAGGUGCAAAAACAGUUCCCAGAAAGCUUUAAGAGUAGAAAAAAGAAAAUCCAUUUUAUCCUGGAAACAUUUUUCACUGGUUUUAACUGGAAAUGCAGGUACAUGUUAGCAUCAAAAAAUUCUUUCAUAAUAAUCUAAAGAGAGUGAACGAGGUUCCGGUUUUGUGAAAUUCUUAUACAGAACCAAAGAAGAAUAACUCCAUGAAAUUAGAAGGUUGACUGUUAUUAAUGUUUGUUUCAUCUGGAAGAGCAGGGAGAAACAUGACCCAGAUCUACCAAAACUGUUCACAUGUAUUGAUAUUGCACUGCACUCUGUUGCACAUUUGGCAAUACAUAGUUUACAGAAUUUGAACUAUUAAUUUGAUUA